AUGCAUUCUUCGAAACAAACAAGUAUGUUAUGGCUUUGGUGGCGUCGGCAAUCAUUUUAUCUGCGAAGAAUAUCUGUGACGAAAACGAUAUUUCUAUUGUUGUGUGCUAUAUUUCUAUUGAGAAAAUUACCUAAUCCAUUUUCUUCGCAAUACUCACGAAUCUCAAUCAAUCAAGAUGUACAAUGGGAUAGUAUCAGUGAAAUAUUGACCAUGAAAAAAAAUAUGCUUCUUCAUGAUUCUCUACCACGUCAAGUUAAAGUCACAAAAAAAGGUACUGAAGAACCACAAUCAUCAUCGUCAUCUAUUCUUAUUCUUCUUUACACAAGUAUUUUUCUUCAAAAGAGAUAUUGCCAUGUAAAAUCCGAGAGUAUAUUUGGCCAAUCUUGUCCAUCAAAAGAUCGAUGCCAAUGGACAUGUGAUAAUAGACGAUUACGAGAAGCUGAUGCCAUCAUUUUCCAUGCUUAUGAUAUUCAAUUUUAUAAUGCUCCCGUACCAAAUCGCUCAGAAACAAAAAAAGGUUCUGUAUGGAUACUUUGGUCCGAUGAACCACCAUCAAUGGUUGAUUAUGGUCUACUUAAACCGUAUAAAUUUAAUUGGACAAUAAGUUAUAAAUCAAAUAGUGAAGUAUCCAUUGGAUCUUAUGGUUUAUUUAGUAAACGAGAUACGAGAUGGUCUGACGUUGAGUAUAAUCAAUGGAUUCAUGAACAAUUUGGAUAUCGACCUGAAGGCGCACUUUGGUUUGUAUCAAAUUGUAAUUCUAAAAAACGAUUAGAAUAUUAUAAUAGUUUAACUCGUCAAAAAUUAAUAUCAGUGGAGGGUUACGGUCGUUGUGUUGAUUAUUAUCCAAUGCACUUUUGUGGUGCCGGUACAGAAUGUGAACGUGAUUAUAUGUCGAAAUUUAAAUUCUAUCUUAGUUUUGAAUCAACAACAUGUCGAGAUUAUAUAACGGAAAAAUUUUUCAAAGCAUUCUAUCAUGGUCUUAUUCCUGUUGUUGUUGGACCUGAUCGAAUUGAUUAUAAUCGAUUGGCACCGAAUGGUUCAUUUAUACAUGUCAAUGAUUUUGGUAAAGAUAUGACAAGACUUGCUGAAUAUUUGCAAGAUGUUAGUUUGAAUUUGAAAUUAUUUUCAAAGUACCAUCAAUGGAGACAACAAUAUGAAAUUAUUAUUGACGGUAGAGCUUUAGAACGAGUUCGCAUGUGUGAACUAUGUGAGCGUUUAAGAACAAGACGUCGAGAUGAUAUGAUUUAUUAUGAAAAUAUUGAACAAUUUUAUUACGAAAAAUGUUAA